CUCCCUCAUUCCCUAGCGUUGGCAUGUUAUUCAUGGCCUCUUCCUCAGUGACAACCUCUCGUCUCCCUGCCGACCAACUAACUGCACAACAAUACACUGUUGUGGCGCGCGCUUCAACUCAUCCGUCAACCUAUGGUCAUAAGUCAGUAGUUGACCGAUUGACCUCGAGGGCCCAGGCCGCCGAAGCUCACCAUGGCCGCCAACAAGGCCGCGCGCGUUGGGGAGGAGAUAUGGAAGACACGGAUCGACAAGGUCAACGCUGAGUUGGUCACGCUGACAUACGGCACAAUUGUCGCGCAGCUGUGCAAGGAUUUUGACAGUGACUAUGUGGAGGUCAACAAGCAGCUCGAUAAGAUGGGCUACAACAUAGGCCUUCGGCUGAUUGAGGACUACCUUGCAAAAUCAAACACGAUGAAGCGUUGUCUAAACUUCCGGGAGACGGCCGAGAUGAUAGCAAAGGUCGGCUUCAAGAUAUUCCUCAACACGACACCAACUAUUACAAAUUGGACGGGUGACAGCAAGCAGUUCUCGCUUGUAUUUGAAGAGAACCCGCUUGCCGACUUUGUUGAGCUUCCGGACGACGGCCGCGCUCAGGACGAGCUCUGGUACUCCAACAUCUUGUGUGGAGUGCUAAGAGGUGCACUCGAGAUGGUGCAGAUGCAGGUUGAGGCUCACUUCAUUAGCGACGUGCUGCGCGGGAAUGACACCACGGAGAUGAGGAUAUCGCUGGUUAGAUACAUUGAUGACGAGCUACCACCGGAGGACGAUUAGACAAGGACGCCAUCUAUCACAUGUCGCGUGUACGGAACGGACAUGUGUGGUCAUGGUGUAGAGAAUAGACCUGAUACCCCAUAUUGGCAACCUCCAAAAGUGUGGGAUGUUCUGUGGCGGUCCAGCCUAGAGAAGCUCAGGAUUAUCCGCAAUGGCAUGACUUGUAUGAUCAA